AUGUGUUACAGUAAAUUUUGUAAUUUGUUUGUAAUAAUUUUCUUGUUGUUAAAAUAUUCUCAGAGUAUUCUUACAUCCAUUGGAUCUGCAAAAAUAAUUCCCGAAAAUUAUAAUUUGCUUUUCGCAUUUACCGAAGAAAAUGAUUGUAGAAAGAAAUGUAUCUACAACGGUCAAGUAAACAUAACAAUGAAAGUAAUAGGUAGAGCUGACACUUUUACAAUACAUGCUGAUCCGAAAAUGAAUAUUUAUAAGGAACAAACCCGAAUGUUUCGUAUCUAUCCUAAUCAGACUGAAAAGCAAAUAUACAUCGUUGAUUAUAUCAUAACAAGUGGGGACGUAUCAACAAUCAUCGAAAUACGCAUGGAUGAGUUUUUUACCGUGAUAUCAAAAUCGCGAUACGUACUCAUGCUUUAUUUUUCCCGAGAAUUUGAUGAUCAUCGCGGGUUUAAUCAUCCUGAAGAUAAGAGCAUGGAUGGAAUUUUAUUUGUAACAAUUUUAAUACCAAACCAUGCUCACCGUUUAUUUCCUUGUUUGACGGAAGUCAAAUAUACAUCAACAUUUGACUUGACUAUCAUUCAUCCAACGCAAUAUAUGUUAGUGGCUGGAACAUCAUUGAGAUCAGUUACACAGAUAAAUACCUACAGCUCGAUAUCAAUUUUUGAGCGGACACCUCAUAUCCAAGCGCAUCAUGUCUUUUUUGCAAUAUGGGCUUACCGAAACGUUCAAGCAGAUUUUAUGACUAUUUGGUACCCACCAAAAACUGUGAUGAAACUUCUGGAUCCGCUUGUCCGAUACAGCCUUUAUAGUAAUAGAUGGAUGACGAAUAUCACCGACACAUACUAUUCAGUUGACCCAAUGAAUAUUGUACCAUUUCCGAGCUCACGUGUGGCAGACUUUUAUGUUGCGCCUGGUAUCUCUUUGUUUAGGGACACACGCAUUUUAUUUGAUGAAGAUGAAUCAACAACAACCGACAGAUUGGAAAUGUUAACAGAUAUAACCCGUGCUGCUGCACAGCACGUAAUCGGAAUAAUGAUUUUCCCGAAACUGUGGUCACAUAUGUGGUUAUAUGACGGCGUCGCGGAUUACGUAGCAAACUUUAUACUCGACGAAUUAGAACCUUCAUUUCGCAUCCACGACAUGUCAUUAGCCAGAACACUUUUGUGGACGAGAGUUGAACGUGAUAUGCGACCUUCAGCAACAUUGCCAUAUUAUUUCUUUGAUACCUGGCAUGAUAAGAUGUAUUUUAGGAGGCAUGACUAUCACACUUACCAGACUGAAACGAUCCUCUCCAUGGUCCAUCAGUACUAUGACUUCAGAGAUAUUGGCAAUUUGGUAAAACAGUUCUUAUUUCGUGGAACUGAAAAACACUUUGGUCCGACUCCUGCUACUUUUGUUAAGCACUUAGCUGACAAAAGAUUAAAGAAGUUGGUGCGAGAUUGGUACAAAAAUCGUGGGACUCCAAUUUUGCAUGUUAACUUAGAUGAAAAUGAAGCAUUUGCCGAAUUAACCCAGGAGAGAUACAGUUUGAUCCAUUCAUCAGAAGAUAAGCAUUACAAUUGGACAAUAUUGAUUCGUUGUAAAUACGUCAUUCCAAUGAAUACUACUCACUACAAUAUAUGGAUGUAUUCAAAUAAUAAUAAUCACAUGGUAAACGCUACUGAAAUACAACGCUGUCUACUUGACAGUUAUUCUACAGCUGCUUAUCGAGUGAAUUAUCCCGAAUCAUGGUGGUCUGACAUCAUUCACAUUUUGAAAACAAAUACAAAAGCGAUUGGUGAAUUGCAAAGAAUGAGAAUUAUAGACGAUGUUUUUGAAUUAUCUCUUGCUGGAUAUGUUCACACUGAUUUUCUAUUCAGUCUUAUUCAUUAUUUAGAAUUUGAAGAUGAUUAUUUUCCUUGGCUUGCGGGUUCAAAAGUGCUGAUGAAACUAAGAAAAUUGUUGGGUUCUACUUAUGUUGCAAGACAUAAACGAUAUUUUGACCAAGUCGUCCAAAAGUUAGUAAAUAAUGUGUACAAUAAACUAACACUAACUCCUAAACCAAAAGAACAGUACUACAUACGCUUGCAUCGAAAGAACAUUAUGAAUAUAGCUUGCAAUUUUGGGCAUGGAAAAUGUUUAGGUGAGACUUCUGCAAAGCUUCAAUGUUACCUAUACAUUUUUAAUAAAAAUCAUUGCACUCCUAGCACGUGUCCAAAAAUUUGGAAAGAAUGUAUGGUUGACGCAGAUGUGCGAGAGAUCGUUUUUUGUCAAGGUUUAAGACAUGCACCUUCAAAUGUUUGGUACCGAGUUUUUCAAAUAAUGAAUUCAACAAACAUAUUCUAUUCAACAAAACUUGUUAUGGCACGUGGUCUUGCUUGCACGGAAAACAUCAAUAUACUCGAAAAUUACAUAGCAUAUAUGUUAGAUCAUGAGAAUUUUUUUCCAUCGGAAAUGGUAUUUCCUAUUCUAUUAACAGCUGCACGAGUAAAUGAAGAACAUGCACAAUUGGUUUUACAUUUCAUCACUAAGAAUCAUGUGAAGCUUAUUGAUAGGAUGCAAGUGUGGCCUGAUUUUCGUAAAUACACUUCAACCAUUGCUGAAGAUAUUUACAGUGAAAAUUACGAUAGAAUAUUACUAAAGUCCUCUAAGAAUUCAAGUGAUGAUGAAGCAGUGCCGUUUUUAAUUCCAGAGAAUAUUAAAAAAAUAAUAGUAUCUAAUUCACGAUUGGCAUCAAAAUUUCGUCCGUACAUCGAAUCUUAUCUCGAAAAUAUAGCUAAGAAUAUAACUAUGAAUUUAUGAUUUUAUAUAUUAGCAAGUUAUCAUUUAAAGAUAAUAAAACAAAAUUCUUGGAAGACGU